AUGCUUUUCAGCGCCUUGCAUUUGCUGCCUAUUGGAGGGGGGAGUUUUAUUCCUGUUGUUUUGACCGGGAUCUCGGUACAAACUCAAUCCGACCCAGUGCCAUGGUCGACGCAAACGGUCCAAUGGGUCCGUGCGCCGACCGUGAAGAAUGCCCCUAAAAAUGUCCAGCCUAAAAUUACCAUAACGGGUCAUCCCAAGUCAGAGGGAUUUACUCCGUACUUCGUGUUGUGCUCCUACUUGUGCCUGUACCGGAAAGCCUAG